AAUAAAAAGUGAGAGCUUUCACUUGGACUUGUAAUUGUGCUUUUAUGCGUAUAACAUUACACAUGAAUGCAUGCGACUUUUGACAAUUAGGAUUUUGCACUUUGAUUUUGCUUGUUUUGUGUGUUUGUGUGUAAGUGAGUAAGAGAGAGAAUCACAAUUGAGAGGAACAUUAUAUUAGAGGAUCUUUUACGUCUAGUAUUGCGAUGACCCCUUCCACCAGCAAUCGUGUACUCUUUUAUUACGACAUUGCGACAUGACGUAGGCACAGACACGCGAUUGCUAUCGUUCACCAGAGGAGCUAUAGGGUUCCUUUAGUUUGAGUUGUACCACCCGUCGGCGCGCCAACGCUUGCGCUCUUUUCUUCGAAGGAAAUAAAAAAAAAAAAAAAAAAAAAAAAAAAACAAGUUGGCAAAAAACCACGAAUAGCGCCUAGCGAAUGUCAACAUGCUCGAGCUUUUAAAACUCUAAAUACCUUUGCCGGCAAAUCACAGUUAUUUUCACCUUUUUUUUUCUUUCUUUUUGUACAUUUCAAUAAAUAAAUACAAAUAAUUUUUUGUAAAAAUAGAAACAAAUAGGAGAAAUUUGAAUAAGAUUUGUCUCUUUUAUUCAGUGAACAAGUGCUUUUUUAUAAUUGAAGAAAAUUGAUAACUUUUUUUUUGAGAAGAAGAAAUAAGAGAAAAAUCAUUUUUCGUGUCAACGUUCUUUAUACAAGUGUCGCUAUUUGAUGAAUUUUUUUCUUCUUCUUCUUACCCCGUGUAUUAUAACGGUUCUUUGACUCAAGUGUGAUUUGUUACUAAUUUAAGGACUCUAUUGGAAUUUGCACGCUAAUUGUCUUCUAAUUACGAAUUUUCAACGAUAUGGCGUCUAACAUUAAAUACACAGGUGGACUAUCAUGUCGUCAGGUCCUGAAUAUUAUGGUGAUAUUUGGAUUCAUGAUAAACUACAUGCUUCGAGUAAAUUUGACAAUUGCCAUGGUCGCCAUGGUUUAUCCUAAUACUAGUAAAUCACAUUCCAAUUCAACGAUAGAAAAUAUUUAUUCACUCAAUAAUACUGGAAACAUUCCAAAAAUUAAUUCUACUCACGAGGUUCCUUCUCAAUUAGAAGGAAGAGAACAGACAAAGUAUCAUUGGAACGAAUACGAGCAAAAUUGGAUAUUCGGUAGUUUUUUCGCGGGUUAUAUUUUGACUGAAGUGCCAGGUGGCAGAAUGGCGGAACUCUUUGGUACCAGAAGAGUUUUUGGAUACAGUAUGCUAUUUUCUAGUUUAAUUACACUAUUGACACCGGUCGCGGCUUCACUAGGAUUCUCCUUCGUCGCUGCCUUACGAGUUCUCUUAGGGUUCUUUUUGGGAGCCACGUGGCCAGCAAUUCAUCCAAUGACCGCUGUUUGGAUUCCGCCAAAUGAGCGCAGUAAAUUCGUAUCGAACAUGAUGGCUUCCUCCCUUGGUGCUGCGAUUACAAUGCCAAUUUGUGGAUAUCUCAUUGCAUCCCUGGGCUGGCAAUCUGUUUUCUAUGUUACUGGAGGAAUUGGAUUUGUCUGGAGUCUCACGUGGUUUUUCCUUGUUUUCGACUCGCCGGCACAGCAUCCGAGAAUUUCGGACAGUGAGAGACGAUUCAUUGAGGAAGCUAUUGGAAAUACCUCGAAUAAAAAGCAUCAUGCAGUGCCAUGGAAAGCAAUUGUAACAUCAGCUCCAGUCUGGGCAAUUGUUAUUACUCACGCCUGUAGUGUCUUUGGUUAUUUCACAGUUGUAAACCAAUUACCGACCUACAUGAAGAAUAUUUUACAUUUCAACAUUAAAGAGAACGGACUCCUUUCCUCAUUGCCAUAUUUGGGAAAAUAUCUGUUCGCUCUGGCGAUGUCAACACUUGCCGACUAUUUGCGACAAACUAAUAGAUACUCAGUGACUUUUAUCCGAAAGGCCUUCACAACUUUUGCUGUAAUGAGUCCAGGACUUUUGAUGAUACUACAAGCAAAUUUGGGAAAUGAUCGAGCGACAUCAGUGACUAUUUUCACAUUGGCCUUGACACUAAAUGGAGCGGUAACUGCCGGAUAUCUUGGUAAUGGUCUCGAUAUUGCUCCAAAUUUUUCCGGCACAAUAUUUGGCAUUGCAAAUACUUUAAGUUCAUUGGGCGGAUUCCUGAGUACAUAUAUGGUGGGAAUUAUAACAAAUGAAAAAUCCAGUACAUUUUCUCAGUGGCGAAUUAUUUUCUAUAUUCUCUCAGCGACUUAUAUUAUCGGUGCAAUUGCAUUUGCAAUAUUUGGCACUGGGAAUUUACAAAAAUGGAAUAGUCCCGAGGACGAGGAAAUUGAUAAGAAAAAAGCAAAAUUAGAAAAUGAAAAUGAUAAUGAGGAGUCAGUGCCACUCAAGAAUCAAAAUUCCGUGUCAUAGUUGAUUUUUCUAUUUUAGAAUUUUUGAUUACUUUGAAAAAAAGGAAUUUUAAUUUUUUGAAAAUAUUUCAUUUGCUUUUAAAUAUUUAAUUUUUUAAUUUUUAAACUUUUUAAAUAUUUUUUUU